AUGGAGCGUCGUCUGCUCAAGGAUUUCGACCUUCAGCACAAAAAUCCUUCCCUCGAAGCUCUUCGGAGAUGGAGAUCCGCCGUCACUCUCGUUAAAAACCGCCGUAGACGCUUCCGUAUGGUUGCCGAUCUUGAAAAACGCUCCGAAGCCGAACAGAUUAAGCACGGAAUCAAGGAAAAAAUUCGUAUUGCUCUCUAUGUUCAGAAGGCAGCAUUGCAGUUUAUUGAUGCUGGUAACCGAGUUGAAUACAAGUUAUCACAAGAGGCAACAGAAGCUGGUUUUGAGAUACAUCCAAAUGAGAUCGCUUCUAUUGUUCGUAGUCAAGAUUACAAGAACUUGAGUAAUAAUGGUGGAGUUGAAGCCGUUGCAAGGAAACUGUCGGUUUCAACCGAUGAAGGUGUCAGUGAAGCAAGUAUAGAUUGCAGGCAAAAAAUCUUUGGGGUCAAUCGUUAUACAGAGAAACCUGCGCGAACGUUCCUGAUGUUUGUAUGGGAUGCAAUGCAGGACUUAACUCUAAACAUUCUCAUGGUUUGUGCCGUAGUUUCUAUAGGUGUUGGGAUUGCCACGGAAGGGUGGCCAAAGGGAACAUACGAUGGCGUUGGAAUCAUAAUCAGUAUAUUCUUGGUUGUCAUUGUUACUGCUGUCAGUGACUACAAGCAAUCCCUACAGUUCAUUGAUUUGGACAAAGAAAAGAAAAAGAUCUUUGUUCAGGUCACAAGGGAUGGGAAAAGAAAGAAAAUAUUGAUUUACGAUGUAGUAGUUGGUGAUGUUGUUCAUUUGUCAACUGGAGAUCAAGUACCAGCUGAUGGAAUUUAUAUAUCCGGAUACUUUUUGCUUAUUGAUGAAUCGAGUUUGUCAGGUGAGAGUGAACCUGUAUUUAUAACUGAAAAACACCCUUUCCUUCUCUCGGGAACUAAAGUGCAGGAUGGUCAGGGGAAGAUGUUAGUCACAACUGUUGGCAUGAGGACUGAAUGGGGAAAAUUGAUGGAAACUCUAAAUGAGGGAGGAGAUGAUGAGACACCAUUGCAGGUGAAAUUGAAUGGAGUUGCUACAAUUAUUGGUAAAAUUGGUUUGGGUUUCGCCAUUGUGACAUUUUCGGUAUUGACUGUGAGGUUUCUUGUCGAAAAAGCACUUCAUGGUGAGUUUAGCAAUUGGUCUUCAAAUGAUGCAACAAAGUUACUGAACUUCUUCGCUAUUGCUGUAACCAUAAUAGUUGUCGCGGUUCCUGAAGGAUUACCACUGGCUGUGACACUAAGUCUUGCUUUUGCUAUGAAAAAACUAAUGAAUGACAAGGCGCUCGUGAGACAUCUUUCAGCAUGCGAGACAAUGGGUUCAGCUAGUUGCAUUUGUACAGAUAAGACAGGGACAUUGACCACUAACCAUAUGGUGGUUAACAAAAUAUGGAUAUGUGAAAAUACCAUCCAAUUGAAAGGUAAUGAGAGUGCAGAUGAACUGAAAACGAACAUAUCUGAAGGAGUUCUGAGCAUACUUUUGCAGGCUAUAUGUCAAAAUACUUCUGCUGAAGUAGUUAAGGAUAAAAAUGGAAAGAACACAAUAUUGGGAAGUCCGACAGAAUCAGCGCUAUUGGAAUUAGGCUUGCUUUUAGGUUCUGAUUUUGAUGCUCGCAACCAUAGUAAAGCUUAUAAGAUACUUAAGCUUGAGCCUUUUAAUUCAGUCCGGAAGAAGAUGUCUAUACUCGUCAGUCUCCCUGAUGGAAGUGUUCAAGCUUUCUGCAAAGGUGCAUCUGAAAUAAUAUUAGAAAUGUGUGACAAAAUUAUUGAUUGCAACGGGGAAGUAGUUGAUCUUCCUGCAAAUCGCGCAAAUAUCGUCUUAGAUGUUAUAAAUAGCUUUGCCUCUGAAGCUUUAAGAACUCUGUGUUUGGCUGUCAAAGAUAUAAAUGAAAUGCGGGGAGAAACUAGCAUUCCUAAUAGUGGCUAUACUCUAAUAGCUAUAGUUGGAAUCAAGGAUCCUGUACGCCCCGGUGCUAAGGAAGCUGUUCAAGCUUGUAUCGCAGCUGGAAUAACCGUCUGCAUGGUCACUGGUGAUAACAUAAAUACAGCUAAAGCUAUAGCUAAGGAAUGUGGUAUACUUACCGAUGGUGGUUUAGCCAUAGAGGGACCGAGCUUUCGUGACUUGUCCACUGAGCAGAUGAAGGAUAUCAUACCGAGAAUCCAGGUAAUGGCACGAUCCUUACCGCUCGACAAGCAUAAGUUAGUUACCAAUUUGAAGAAUAUGUUUGGUGAAGUGGUUGCUGUUACUGGCGACGGAACAAAUGAUGCUCCUGCAUUGCAUGAGGCAAACAUUGGACUUGCCAUGGGCAUAGCUGGAACCGAGGUUGCCAAAGAAAAGGCUGAUGUGAUUAUAAUGGAUGAUAACUUCGCGACUAUUGUCAAUGUGGUGAAAUGGGGACGGGCAGUAUAUAUAAACAUUCAAAAAUUUGUGCAGUUUCAAUUAACUGUUAAUGUUGUCGCGCUUAUUAUCAACUUCGUCUCUGCAUGCAUCACUGGGUCUGCACCACUCACAGCUGUUCAGUUACUUUGGGUCAACUUGAUUAUGGAUACUCUAGGGGCUUUAGCCCUUGCUACUGAACCUCCCAACGAUGGACUUUUGAAAAGACCCCCGGUGGGAAGGGGAACAAACUUUAUCACCAAAACUAUGUGGAGGAAUAUCAUUGGUCAGAGUAUUUACCAGUUAAUUGUACUUGCUAUUCUGAAUUUUGAUGGCAAGAGGCUACUCAGAAUUGGUGGUUCGGAUGCGACUGAAGUGCUUAACACUUUGAUAUUCAACUCUUUUGUAUUUUGUCAGGUGUUUAAUGAGAUAAACAGCAGAGAUAUGGAAAAGAUAAACAUAUUCAAAGGCAUGUUUGACAGCUGGAUAUUUUUGAUGAUAAUUAUCGCCACCGUCGCAUUUCAAGCGGUGAUAGUUGAAUUUCUUGGAGCAUUUGCCAGCACUGUGCCUCUAAGCUGGCAAUUCUGGUUACUCAGUGUUUUAAUUGGAGCAAUUAGCAUGCCUAUAGCUGUAAUCUUGAAAUGCAUCCCAGUUGAAAAUAAAAAUACUACAAAUAAACAAAAUCAUGAUGGUUAUGAUGCACUUCCAUCUGGUCCUGAGCUAGCUUAG